CGGAGACAGACAGACAUCCACACAGCAGUCAUGGCAGCCCGCUUCCAUUUUCUGUGCGUCGCCCUCACCUUUGCAGGCGUGGGGUGUAGCCGCUACAGUGAGCUGUACCGCUCCAUGAGUGGCCUGAUCACUCCCUGCUUCCCCCAGCCCCUGGACUCGGGCCCGCUCGACCUGGACGUCCGUGUCACCAAGCUGGACAUCGCCAGUGUGGACAGGGCUCACAACCGCGUCACUCUGGUCCUCCACAAGCGCGAGACGUGGUCGGACGAGGAGCUGACCUUUGACCAGUCCAGCUACAACGUCUCGGGCCUGUACGUGUCGGACACCGACAUCUGGACGCCGGACACCACCGUGCAAAACUCGGCCGGGCCCCAACACGUCAUCAACAAAGAGGUCGUUCUGUUCGCCGCGGGGGACCUCCUGUCUGUGUCCACCGUCCAACUGACCAUCAAGUGUGACGUCAGUGAGGUCAACACGUACAGUGGCGCCACCUGCAAGCUCCAGAUCGGAUCCUUCGGGCUGGGGGACGGUUUGAUCCGUCUGAGGGAGCCCAGAGACGACUGGUCCUUCCUGUUGGACUCUGCCUUCCAGGGACAGUCGGACUACGAGCUGCUGUCUGGUCACACGUCACGCGCCGUCUGGGAGUACCCCAGGGGCGGGCCCAAACGCUUCUUCCACGAUGUGCUCACCUUCACCUUCAGCUUCAGAAGCAAGUACGGUCUGUGAGCUGGCGGUUUGUGAGCUGGCGGUCUGUGAGCUGGCUGUUUGUGAGCUGGCGGUCUGUGGGGUGGUGGUGUAGUUACCCCGCAGCGCCAACUGCCGAAGGACUGGCGAGCCAAAUCAUGAUGAACUUUCUUGGUUUGCUUCUUUAGUAGGCGCAAUUUAUUUUCUUUUUUUCUUUUUUUUUUUUUUUUUUUUUUAAUUUCAUUUUUGGUUCUGAUGUCAACCCCUGAUACGGAAAAUAUCUACCGAAAUAGCAACAAAAUGUUACGUGUUUUGUAUUUACUCCCAAUAUUAUUGCAUGUUGUAUCUGAUAAGCUAAGAUUGAUGGACUGUUUUUUCUGCCAUGAAAAUGAUUUUGAUUGGAAUCGGGCUGAAUAAACUUAGCUGAUCAUUUCUUCUUUCCAAAU